UAGAGUGCGGACGCGAGUGAGAAGGAGCGAGAGAGAGCGAGUGAGGGGGGGAAACGGAGGAAGAGGAGCGAGACGGACAGAAGAGUAGCUGGCGUACUUGCGACAAUCGCCGAUCUGUUUGACCGGAGCUCGAGAGUGAAGUUGACGAGAAACGGUGUAGCGCCAAGUGUGAUCCAACUGGCGCCGAUCGGGGUGCGCAAGACGCGACGGUUAAUUCGCGAGGACAUCGGCGGCCGCUUCGUCGUGAUGGACGGCGCGAACGUGAAUGGCGGGAACGCCGCGGUACCGCGCGAGGUUCCUAACCUCGAAAGUGGCGGCGGCGGCGACGGUGGAGUCGGCAGUGCGGCGGUCGUGCCGAUGGCAGAGAUGACGCAGGACUCGGGCGACAAGGCUGGCGGUAACGGAGACGCGCAGGAGAUCAACGGCGAGCUGAGGGGAUCGCCCAGGAAACACAGCGCCCCGCAUCCCCGCAGGAGGAUGAGAAAAUUCAAGGCCAACUCCACGGGCGCUAUGGAGGUCGACGCGGUGGAGACGGCGCCCGGGACGAGGGGGCGCAAGCGCAAGCUCUCGGAGUUCGAGGACGCCAGCUCCGAGGAGUUCGAGGAGUUCAACGGCUUUGCCGCCCAAGGGCUCGAAUUGCAACCGGGCAGUAACGUUCUGAAGAAACUUAUUGCAGAAGCAGAAAUAGCAGAGGCACAACUUACAAAACGUGUAAGAUAUUCAACGAGGACUUCAGAUGCUAGAGAAAAGUUGGAUGAUAAAGAUUUUGAUGAUUUGAACAUGAGAACCUACGUUUACGAAACAGACAGUUUCGAGCAUUUGGAUAUAACAAAGAUGAAAAAGGAAAAGGAAUCCGACAAAUCCGAAACGGAUUCGAUUGAUAUACCAAAUAGCAUAGAUUCCGAGGUGGAGCCAAACAAAGUUGAUAUAACUUCCAUUAAAUCCACAAAUUCGUCGGCUGCAAGUAGUCCCUCUGCCACAUCGCAAAGGUCUAAGGGUAGCCUUAUUUCUGGCGGUGCCAGUCCGGGAGGGAAGCAGAAAACUCCUGUUGACAUGUCGAAUCCUUUAUACAAAGAACCAUUUAAAUAUGGAUGGAAGCGAGAAUUAGUGUUUAGAGCUAGUCAUGACUCUUCCUUCAAAAAAAUGGCUGAUAUAUAUUACUACACACCAAAGGGGAAAAAAGUGCGGAGUUUUAGAGAGGUUGCGGAAUCUCUUAAUUCGAAGGAAUUGACCAUUGACAAUUUCACAUUCUGCAAAGAACCUCUUGGGCUUAAUGAUCCUGAAAAGGAGGUUAUUCGAGAUGCUAAAAGAUUACGAGGAUCUGUGGGAUCUGCAAAGAAGUAUAACAGAAAAGCUACACCAAUAAAAAAGACAGUACAGGAACCAGUGGCAAAGAAAUCGGUACAAGAACCUGCGACAAAGAAACACGAACCUGGCACGUCGAAAAAACAGCCGGCACAAGAACCACCUGCUCCUGCACCUACACUUCCUGAAGUUUCAAAACUUGCUCCCGCACCUGUGUCGGUACCUACAAAAGCAGCUAAAUCGACAAAAGCCUCUCCAGCAUACAAAACAAAAACGAUAAAGAAAACUCCUCAGAUAAAAAUAAAAACACCAGGUGAGGAAAGUGAGAUGCUUCCACCUACACGGAGUACAGCAAAUACGAGGAGAAACCAACAAGCAGCUGAGAAGGUUAUACCAGUCAAAACCAAAAGAUUGUUAACGCCCAAAGUUCAAGAGCCAUGCAGCAUAAGAUGUUCGACGAGUAUGGGAUUAAUACCAAGUUUGCAAUGUCGAGUUUGUCUCUGUUUAUAUCAUCCUGAAUGCGUCGAUGGGAUGGAAUUUGCAGGCAAUGAUGAGUAUGUCUGCAAGAAUUGUCAGCCGGAUACUAAAGAAUCUCAUAUGCCAAACAAUCCGUCUUUAACACCACCUCCAUUGAUUCCAAUCAGUAUGUUAGGUGCACAAAAUGCAAAAUCAAAACAUCAGACUAAUUCGUCUCCUCCAAAAUUGCAAAGAAUUCCAAAGUCCGAGAGUGCGGAAGCGCAAACGAGAAAUUCUUCCAAAAUACCGUCUUCAUCAAAUUCACCCUCAACGGUGGACAAAAAGGAAAGUACUUGGUUCCCUCAGACGGAGAAUGAAUUCUUGCAAAGUCACGAUGGUACCAUACCGAAACCGGCUCAAAAUAUCGCUGUAAUGGGCGGCAAAAGAUACAUUGUAGUACCAAAAAAUAACGCAAUGGCAGUUCAACCUGCUAUAACGGUAAAACCAGACAAAAUUGGCGAUAAGCCGCCAAUGCUUCAGGACGGUCCGCUUACCGAUAUUACCGAUAACACUGCAGAUAAUUCUGCGACGAACUCGUGCACACCUACAUCCUUAAAUACUGAUUCGUCUGAAAAAGUAGACAUUACAUCUGAUAAAGAAAUUUCGAAGGAUGCAAUUUAUCAGACAGAUCUUGUAUCUUCUGUUACCACUGAAAUAACUGACGCAUUUAUACAUGACAAUAAAGAUAAGGAUAGUAAAAGUACUCCUAAGAGAGACGAUUCCGUUGAGAAUAUAUUAGAGAACGAAUCCUUUACUGCCAAUAUAGAUUCUGACUCAGAGAGAAAAACCGGAGAUACAAGUUGUAGAUCACCUGAGAGCAAAUCUACGUAUUCACCAGUACAUACGGCAAGUAUCACAAAUGCUCUUGAAGCAAGUGUAGAAGCUGAAACGGAAAUUAAAACGGAUCGACAACAGUCGUUACCAAGUAAAGUGGAUACAGUAAUAAAAAUAAAAAGUAGCAAGCGGAAGCAAAACCAACAGGAAUUGGAGCAACAGCAAAAUUUCAUGAAUUCAGUUUGCGCCGGUUAUCAUGCCCUACUGCGUAUUUUCCAAUACCUUAAAGUGCAAGAGUUAUUGCGAGCCGCGCGAGUUUGUAAAAUGUGGCGUGACCUCGCAGCACAUCCGUCACUAUGGAAGACCGUGCGAAUGAAGAACAGUCAAGUAACUGACUGGGACGGUUUGGCGGAUACGUUACAGAGACGUGGCACGCAGCAUCUAGAUCUCAGGAAAAUGCUGGUUGCUGGCGAGUCCGACGGCAUCUGGAAGAAAUUCUUGACAGUCAUACCACGCGUGACCAGUCUCGUGAAGCUCGAGCUAUGCAGAUGUCCCGUCACGGUUGUAGAAGAAGUUAUUAAGACCUGUCCGCAAUUGGAGGUGUUCAGUGCAAUGUCGAUCAAGUGCGAGUUCCUCACGCUGGAGUCGAUCGGGAACUUGAGUCGAUGUCAAGAACUCAGACUUAAAGCAAUAUCUGGAAUGUCCUUACAACAGGAUCUCACACCUUUACAGGAUCUGAAGCACUUGACACAAUUGAGUUUAACAUCGGUUAAAGAACUUGGAAAGAAAAAAAUCGACGUUAUACAAACGUUGACAAAUUUGGAAACGUUAGAAUUGGGCGAGUGCUCAGACUUUCCUGACAAGUUUGGAACUACCGUUCUAAUUAAUUUAAAUAAAUUGGAACGUCUUAGACUUGAAAAAGGUCAAGGAUCUUGUUGUACAUUUGAUAUUCUUGAAGGCGUAUCAAAACUGGAGAACUUAAGUCAGAUGGAGCUGGUUAAUUUUGACGUCAAGAAUGGCUUUGAUAAAUGUCUUGCUAAUUGCAAAAACAUUAAAAGGUUAUUGAUCAUACCAACUUACAUAUCCCAGUCGGCGACGUCCAACAACAUGGUGCUCGGAGGUGUCACAGAAUUGUCAGACAACUUGACGCAUUUCAUAUGGGGCGUUACGCUCGAGUUACUCAGGGUUACGGAACUGUUUGUUGAUCAGUGCAAUCUCAUGAACAAACAGGUUACUGGGGAUUCUAUACCAGUUUUGAAACCUGUCCCCUGCUUAAAAUUAAUUGCGGACGUUGAGGAUGAGAACGAGAACCAAAAAGGUGACGAUAAGCAACAGCCACAUCUAACGAGUCCGCAAGUGGACAUUUUACCGUUGCCGCAAUUGCAGAAGCUGCUCCUAACCGCGUUGCCCAAGACGCGAGUCAAGAUCUUGAAAAUUCCCUUUCACGCCACGUGGCGGCAAAGCAUUUCCGAUACCACCACGCAGUAGAAACGAACGGGGGUGAUACUGGUACGAAGUCGGACGAGACAAAUAUAAUUGAAGUGACACUUGCGACAGUUGGAGAUUUCUGUAAAGUUGACUCUGCACACUGUCUGCGCGCUCCUACUCUUCGAUCUACUAUUUUUCGGAUGAAGAAUAAUAACUUAUAUAUUUGUGUAUACUAUGAGUUUUAUAAUCUUCAACGAUUAAUGAAAAAUCCUUCGCAACGUAUCGGUACACACUGCGGUAUAUUUAGUAUUUUUGUGAUAAAUACGUGGGACCAUGUAUCACACGCACCAUCUUUUGCCACAUGGCAAACAUGAUACGACAAGCUGGUACCCUUGUAACGGGUUAAUUUAAUCAAAUAAAAAUUCUGACUUUUAUAUAUAUUUAUAAAUAUAUAUAUAUCUCAUGAUUUUACUUUCUUGAACGGAGUGGAAAUAAACAUAGAUUCGUACUAUCGGAGUUGCUGUGAUGUGUACCUGCGUUGAAAGUAAUUGAACAUGCAAGUAUGUGAAUGUUUUGGAUUUUUAUGCUAAGAAUUAUUAAUGUUUAUAAAAUAUUAAUGUUUAUAUUCAUUAAUAAGGCAAAAAGGGAGGUUUGCCAGCGGAAAGAAUCGUUUUAUUUAACUCUCCAAUGCUGAUAAGCAUUGAUCUUCUUUUAUGAGGAUAUCUACACAAGAUGAUAACCAGUAUCGAAAGUAGUUAAAUUUAUAAUUUUACCUUACACAACAUCGAGCGUAUAUUGGAAUAACAGAAAGUACAAGAUCACGCGAUCUGUAUUCGGCUCUAUCUAGAGAUUAGACUGUAUAAAAUAAUGCUAUAUACAUAUAAUAUUGUGACUAUCUGUAAUGUAUCUUUUAAUGUUUAGAAUACGAGUUUUCCGCUGCAAAGAAACUAUGGCAAAAUUUGGGGUAGUGUAGAACGUGUAAUAUACUUAUUUCAUUGCACAAUACAUAAUCAAAUAUACUGUUACAAAAAUAUUCAUUGAUUGAUAUAUAUUGAGUACAAAAAAAUGUGUAUAAUUGUAAGUUUUCAAUAAUGACUUCUAUACUCUUAAUGAGACACAACUUAUUGUUUUGUUUUGCUUACCCUGGUAUUAUCUUCUCUUAAAAGAAAUGUAUUGGGAAAAGAGAGAGAGAAAGAGAGAGAGUAAGAGAUUUAUAUUUUAUACCAUGAGAUAACAAAAAAAGCAUCAUGUUAUAGAUGCGCAAAACUUGCGUUUAAGUAAUAUAAAUUGAACAUAUUAAAAAUUAUGUAAGUAAUA